AUGGAUGCCACCGAGCCUCCCCUGGUAGCGGCGCGGCCAACUCUCGCAUUGCGACCCAAGCAAUCAACCAGGCGGCGGAAAGCACUGCAUCUCAAAUCAAUACAGACCACAACCCCAAGCGCUGGAGUAAAAUAUGACAACACGACGCGGAAAGUGUCCGGGGGGAGCGUGUCGGACGCAAAGGAUACCUCACCGCCGAAGCUGUCGACCAAGGUGAAGCGCAAACCCUCGACUACUGGCCGACCUAUCGUACCCGUGACCGAGCAGAGAUCCAUCAGCAGAACAGUCUCAAUAGGGAGGCGAGAUGCAGAGAAGGACCGGUGGGACGUUGCACCGGACGGCGCCUCGGCCGGCCGCGAAGGGCGCCAGUUCACCGUUGCCAAUGUCGGGAACAAUGGCAAGCUGUUCCUGAGACCCUCGGUUCGCCGCGGAAACAAGAGAUACCCUCAGCCCAAUUUCACGUUUCCCAUAACCCCCCCUGGUACGGCCGGCUUAGAGGGCGCAUACCCAGAGAAUCGCGACGAACCAGAACCCCUCAAGCCGCCAACGAACCACCAUGACAACCAAUUCACGCCAACUCCCAGAACGUCCACCAUUCCCGCCAACUACAUCUCCGACCCCAGCGCGCUUCCAUCGACAUCGCAGCACCGUAGAGCCGUGUCGGAUAGCACGGUUCGUGACUUCAACUCGCCAACGGCCACCGAUACGGAGGGGUAUAGGAUCGUCAUCACUAAGCCAACGCACGGCGACUAUCACCGGCCCAAGACGACUGAUCAUCUGGACGACCCGGACUCUGACGGCGUGCCGAUACUCAAUAUCAACAUCCCAUCAUGGAAGCUGGGAACACCGCGGUUCUCUACGAGGGGUACCCCGAUGUUCAGAGGCUCCUCUUACGCUCCGACUGACGAGUUCCACUCCAACAGCCGCGCAUCCAUGCAUCAUUCAUCAGAGAGAAGCCUUGGUGUUCCGCUGCGUGGCUUGGGCUCUCGACGACCCAGCCAUCUUGUCAUACCACAGCUCCGCUUUCCUCGAACCUCGCUUGCAUCUUCACAGGCAUCGGCUCGCCCCCGCCGUGCCGUGCCCUCUGCAUACGCAACGAAUCUUGCCAUUGAGCCGGAAAUGUUUGAUGAUCUCACCUUCAAGCCGGCGUGCGACGAUAAAUUGAUAGUACGCUACUCGCCCAGCGGAUCCGUGACUGCGGCGACCCCUUCUCGACUGGUUGCCGAGAUCACAUCGCCAAGCUUCCUCGACUACGAGCUCAUCUCGGAUUUCUUCCUCACUUUCAGAGCCUUUCUUGAGCCUGAAUUACUCUUGCGAAUGCUCAUGGCGAGGCUGCGCUGGGCCUUGGAACGUACCGACGAGGUUGGAAUGAUUGUCCGUGUUCGAACCUUUGUCGCCAUGCGACACUGGAUCCUCAACUACUUUGUCGAUGACUUUGUCCUGGACUACGACCUCCGUGUCCUGUUCUGCAUCCUGCUCAACGACUUUGUCGACGAGCUGUCCCAGGAUGCAAAGGAGCGUCGAGUUCAGCUCAAGAUCUUGACAGAGCUUAAGAAGUGCUGGCGACGUGUUUGUGCCCAUUACUGGGACGGCCCCGAUUUUGACGACAGUCUGGGCCCUCAGGCCCCGGUUGCGCCCGGUGGCAUCGCCGGAUAUCGAGACCCCAGCCUGGACCCUAGCUUUUGGGACAGGGAAGGGGUAGAUCCACCCCAGUGGCAUGCUGUGUCUGCCAUGCCUAACGAUGUGGGUGACGAGACGAACCCGAGUUCCGACGUGCUUCCCACAUCGACCAACAUGGGCAACUUCACUCUGUCGGAGGAUCGUCCAGGGACUCCCGAACAUCAAAUGAUCACCAACACUAUGCUAGGCAACGGACCUGCUUCACCCCUCAGCAUAGCGAGCAUGGACAUUGUGUCUUGUUCCUUUCCCAGCAAGAAUGUGAGAUCCCUGAAUCCGAACUCCAGCCAGCCCCUAGCAGCGCAUCCGGUUUAUUCAACGUCCCCCAUCCUGCCGCCGGGAGCGAUAGCAACGACUCCCAAGGCGCUUGCUGGUAAACGUGUCCGGCCGGCCCACGGCCAUUCUCGCAACAACAGCGCUACCGAUUCCCUCAGGGGCACCAGCUUUGAUCAUUCCCCUUCACAAGACGUUGAUCUACACAUGAUCUUACAGUCCGCCGGAAAUCUUGUUCGGGGCAACAUCUUGCCGCCUGGCCAGCCCUUUGUCGAUGUCGAGGCAGAAACUCCCACUGGCGACCACAGACAGACCACCAUCUUCCAGCCCAUCCCCCGCCACGGUACCAAGGACCGGAUCUUUGGGGUUGCCAUGUCCGGGUCCGGAAUGAAAAAGUUCUUGGGCGGCGUACGACGCGCUUUGAACACCCGGGGACAGUGGUCGUCUGGCUCACACACGAGCUUGCCGGCCGUCGCCUCAUUGGCUUCACAUACGAUCGGCAUCGAUCAGCUGCCUGGGACUGCAUUUGCCUCACGAGGCGCCUACACCCAGACUACAAGCCGCCCGCUGGUGAGGAUCGAUGUGCUUGGAGCUGAAGUGGCCGAGGACUUUAGACGAGCCAUUCAGGAAGAAGAGGAGGCAGCCGAAGCAGAACGCUUGGGCCUCCCAAAGCCAUCUCCGAAGCCCUCUCGAACUGGUGCCCGGCCUUUGGAGUAUUCGGUCGCACACAUGGACUCUACCACGGCUGAUUAUGCGCCUGAGCAGCGGAGGUCACGGCCUAUGAGCGACAUGGGCAUCACUACUGGUAGCCAGUCGAUUGUCAUUGUCGACGAUACCGCUCCGCUUGACAGGUCGAACAUGCGUAAUGGCCUUCCUACCACCACCUUUGACCCGUCUGUCGGCGGACUAUCAGUGGGAUCCUUCUUGACGGCCGGUGGUGAUCCAACGCCUCCUACGACGCCGCCCGCGCAGCCCACGGCUGGCACGCCGAGGAGGUCGUCCCCCCUUUUCGACCAGCUCGCCGCUCCGCCCCCAACUUCCCAAGACGAGCCCUUUCCCGCUGUCUCCCCGGACAUGGUAGCCCUGGGUGGUGAUCCGUACAACAUGGGUGCACCGAAUGAUGCUGGCCGGUCCUCCUUCUCGACGUUGCAUCGCGGCAGUCAGCGCUGCCCGGUCUCAAAUCGCGGAACGCUGCGUAUACAUGAGAGACACCAGUCGACAAACGUCCGGCAAUCAAUCUCCUCUUACAGGCGUCGGGCAUCGUUUAACAGUCGUCUGGAAAGGCACUCCACAGCCCGAAGCUUCGAUGCCACAACGACUUCUUCCAUGCUGGAGGAAGAGCACGGGACUCCAGCUGUCGAGCCGCUUCGGAUGCUUCGAAGGCGCCCUGGAGGUUACCUAAGAGACGCAGCCAAGGUGGGCGGCCUAAAGAGCCAUCCCACUGUACGGAAAUCGCACUCUGUUGCAUCCUUCACAACUUACUCCGAAUCCAUCCGGAGCUCUUAUUUCCUGGGCACUCAAGCCGAGCAGGACGAUGAUGAUCGCAGUUAUGCUGGAGGUGGGGAAGGCCAGCUUCCUCAUGACAGGCACAAGGUCUUCUCCGUCGGUCAGCUGACUGGGAAGCCUCCCAAACGACAGUUGUCUUUGAUUAGUACUCAUUCAUCCAAGCCUAUUAUGCGUCCAUCGUUUGAGAUUGAAGCCAGAAAGCUUGCGCAGAUACCCGAUGAGGAUGACGGCGGUAUCGAGUCGGCCCUGCUAAAGCUAGAGGGCAGAUAUCGGCCGAAGACGAAAUCGCUUAAUCUGUUCAGACAGACGGCUAUGAUAGACGCGAACGAGUUUGGCACAGGAUUCGACGCUGCAGACUCUCAUUUCAUGGGGAAUACAAGCCGAGUGAGCGAAAGCGGUAGCAUGGUUGUAGCUCAUCGCACUCAGCAAAGCCAAGUCUUGUCCCAGGACAAAGGAAAGCACCCUGUGUCUUCUGCGUACAGCCGGGACACCAUGAUUGCGCGCACAGAGAUUAACAACAUUGAGACGCGCUCCUUCUUGACUGCCGACUCUGACGAAUCAUACUGCUCCAUACCCUUACUCGAAAGGGGCCUCACGAACGAUAGCCAGAGUAGGAGAGGAACAUCAGAGUGGACUGAUCGAUCGGUUCUUCGCGGCUCGUCGGAUGAAGACGAUACUGCUCCUUUAGAAGCUGCCUCGGAAGGCCGCAAUGUCUCCCACCAGGUCUCCGAUUCCCAGCUUUCGUAUGCCUUUGUCGAAAAGACGGAGAGUAUCGAGAACCUCAAGGCAGGAAAGGCGACUGCACCAUCAAUGGAUGCCCAGUCCUUCCUGGAAGAUGCCAGCGUUGGCGGCUCGGAUCUCUCAUCUGAGCUUACCCCUUCCGAGGGCGAGAGCGUGCGCAACCCCAGCGCGAGAGCGGCUGCUUUCUCAGUAUCAUCACAGCCGCAUCCAUUCGGUGAUCCUCUCGACACGCCUCGGUCAAACGCCUCGUAUGCUCCCAUGACACUCGCUCAAGCAUUGGCGAUGAGUCCGGUAAUGAGGAGUCAGCUAACGAUGAGCCCUGCGAUGACAAAUCUUGAAAGGACUCUGGAGCCAGAACAAAUAUGGUCUCAGAAGGCUCUUCCCCUCUCUCAGGAGAUUUUUCAUGGCACUUCUCCUAAAGCUGAUCCAGAGCCUCUGCAUACCACUGAAGCGCCUGUCCAACCAGCACCAGAACAGGAGACUCCCAAGACGCUCACGUAUUCGAUUCACCUGCCGUUUAUCCUAGCAUUUCCCUCUGACAUCUUGGCUCAGCAGUUCACGCUCAUCGAAAAGGAUGCUCUCAACGACAUAGACUGGCGAGAACUGAUUGAGAUGAAUUGGAGGAACGCUACCAGCAACGACUCUCGCUCGUGGGUUGACUUUCUGCGAAACACCAACGCCCAUGGCGUUGAAGUUGUCGUUGCGCGGUUCAACAUCAUGGUCAAGUGGGCCAUUUCCGAGAUCGUCCUCACUCAGCACAUUGAGGAGCGAGCGCGCUGUAUCAUCAAGCUUAUUCAUAUUGCGGCGCAUUGCCGGCGAUAUCGCAACUUCGCCACCCUGGCACAGCUUACGAUUGCCUUGUCCAGCGCCGAGGUCUCCCGUCUCUCAAAGACGUGGGAUCUUGUUCCGGCUCGCGAUCUGAAUACGCUCGGGGAACUCGAGGCCCUCGUCACACCAACCCGCAACUUUUACAACCUCCGAGCUGAGAUGGAAGUUGGCUCGGACGGGGGCUGCAUACCAUUCGUUGGAAUCUACACGCAUGAUCUCCUCUUCAACGCUCAACGCGCCUCGGAGAUUGCCAGCUCGCCGACCACUCCGCCGCUCAUCAACUUUGAACGGUGCCGCAUUGCGGCGUCUGUGAUCAAGACACUGUUGAGAUUGUUAGAGGCCAGCACGCGGUAUACUUUUCAGCCAGUUGAAGGCAUCACGGAACGAUGUCUCUGGAUGGGCGCAUUGAGCGAUGAAGAGAUUCGACGACAUUCUGAGGCAUUGGAGUAG